GCAUCUUCUGGCCAGACUUAUCGUCAAGUUUUUUUAACGUUACCCUGACCCAACCCAUAUCAGUAUCCAGAGAGACAAGUUUACCUGCAUCAGGUACAACAGGGGUGACUGGCAACAGUUCUGUAAGUGAUGCUGAGAUGGAUGAAAUACUGCAAAAACUUGGACAAAAGGUUCUGCCUGCUGUCAAGGAAGGAACCUUUGCCAUCAGGACAAAUGGAGAUACUGUGAUACUAACAGAUUGUCCAAGUUUGGUCAUGAGUGGAUCCCUGGGUGUUGCAACUGUGAUGAAAUCACAACGUGGGGUAACUAAAGUUCAGUCGUCAUCAUCAGAGGGAACCAAUGAAACAGGGGACAGGAAAACAGAUAUUGUGUUUGUGAAAGAAAACAAUUAUGAGAGUGCUAUUAAAGAAAUGGGACUUCCUAUGGACAAUUAUGAGAGUUUUAAAUCUGAGCAAAUUUCAGAGUUUAGUCCUCAAGAAAAUGCUUAUCAAAAUAAUAGUGCAAACAGCAGUGAAAGUGAAAGAAACAGUCAUGGUCAAAAUAGUGCUCUGAUAUGUUGUGAGAAUGACAGCCCAAGGAAAAGUCAGUAUGAAUGUCAAAAUUAUACUGAUAAGGAUGAUGUAAUUGGCCAAAUAGUUGAAAGUAAACGUGAACCUGAAAGUGAAUGUAAUGAUUCAAAGUGCAAUACCAAAAAAACAUCAACCAGCACUAGAAAAAUAAGUCAUGCAGAUAAAAAUACUAAAACGCAUUGUGAGUGUGAAAAAGGCAACCAAUCGGUGCAUAAGUGUUUUUAUACGUGCGGAACUUGCAUGAAACGGUUUGGCACGAUUUGCAAGCUUCAUGUCCAUUUGGCGAGCCACUCUUUAGGGAGCUCCUACCGCUUUGACCACGUCAAUUUGACAGGUUAUCCAAAAUUCGAAACCUUCAACAGCUUUGCCCAGACCGGUCCUGAACUUCUUGCCGAUUACUCUUUCAGCGUUGAGUUCACUGCUGUUGAAUGUCAGACUGAUUUAACGAUGGUUGAUGGACGCCCUGAUGAAGUCGUAGAAAUAAUGGAAGUGAAUGAAGACAAAGUUAGUGAGAGACUUGAACAAAUACAUAGAAAGGGCAAAGAGGUUAAUGGUUUAGAGAAUGAAAGUGGCAGAAAGAGUGAGGAGUGUUCCAGCUUUGUAAAGGUGCUGAUGUUUGGAAAAGAAGGGCCAGAAAAUGUGAAACUAAAGCGGAAACGAAAGCAACCGAACCUUUGUACAAGUAUAAAUGGUUGCCAGCCUUCCGAAAUAAAAGUUGAAUUAACACGUGUCAACAGUGAUCCAAUGGCAGCUGAAGCAAGCAUGGUGAUUGAUCCAACAGUCAAUGAAGAUACCGGUUACAAAGAAAUGGAUAACAAUGUGGAGGAGGACAUUGAAAUUGAUGCUAAAAAAUCUGAAGCCAAGGAGUAUGGACUUGUUACUGAUUCAAACCCAGAAGGCUUUUGCUAUUUGGGAGGGUUUGAUAAAAAGUUUGUCAUGCAUAAACCUAAUCUAGGUAAUUCUUGCAAAAACACUGGGAUAAAGAGAAAACAUCGGACAAAAGAACAGAAAGAGUCAAAAGAGAACUCGAGGAAGAGACAUUUAUGUAAAAAUAAGGUAAAAAAGACAAAUGCAGAAAUUAUAAUGCCGGUAUUAAGUAAAGAGCCAAUCAAACGAGUGUUUUGUAAAAUUUGCAAUAAAAACAUCUGGGAGACGAAAAUGGCCAGGCAUCAACUUCAACAUCAAGCGCCAGCAGUAGACGUGAUGUGUGAGAAGUGUGGAAAGACGUGCACCAGUCGCCAGCAACUGAACAAGCACCUGCUGACACACCGAGACACCAAACAAUACAAAUGCUCCUUCUGCCCCGCUCAGUUCAGUGCAAAGAAGGAUUACACAGUGCAUAUUGCCAACCAUAAAGGCGAUCGUCCGCAUGUCUGCAACGUCUGUGACAAGCGGUUCCUGACCAACAAGUCUCUGCUGCAGCAUCAGGAGAAUAUUCACAUGGGUCUCACUAAGUUCCAGUGUGAGCACUGCGAGCGCAGGUUCUUCAAGCAUUCUGGCCUGCAGGCCCACUUGGCAACACACUUUGAUGCCUCCCACCCCUGCAACUACUGCGAUCGCAAGUUCAGAGACAAAACAUCGCUGAGAAGGCAUGAGCGCAUUCACACGGGCAUCAAGAUGUACCAGUGUCACAUCUGUGCGCACGCCUUCAACCAGUGCACGCCGUUCUUCAUACACAUGGAGAAGAAACAUGGCAUGAGUAGGGCCAUUGUUAAAGAGCAGCUCAAAGUUUUACACGAGGCCAACAGACGUCUGGGUAUUAAGCAGCCCACAUUGAUACUUCCCAGAGACGUUGAAAGAUUGAAGGAGGAACUCGAUAAGGGAGGGACGGGAGAAAUGGAAAUACUCAGAACGGAACAGUUUGUCCAAAACGUCUCUCAGCAUCACAGCGGUAGUGGUGCAGCAGUAAAACACGUGUUGAGAAAGAGAAAAGAACAGGUCCAACGUAAACAUGUGGUGAAUAAAAACGCUGCGACGGAAAUGAUUCAGUACGCGAAUACUAACUGUACUAGUUCGCCCGAUGAGAUUGUUAUGGAAAUGGAGCACUCUAACUCGGGGACGAUUUUUCUUGUACCAGAGAGUCCAAAUGGUCUAGAAUCAAUUUCGGCAGUAAAUUCCGUGUACGACCUUCACAUACCUGAACAAAGCAGCGUGUUCAGUUACAGCACUUCACAGACGGGUAUUGAGGAACCAAACAGAAUCAUACAAACUAAGGACAAAAGAAUUAUCUUAAAACACUUUAAUCAGGAGAUUGAUAAUUAUGCAACGUCAUCCAUUCAAGACAGCACUGCGGGCACAUACACCCAAUCAGGUUACAUUGAAAGUGUCUCAGUGCCUUUGGUCUCUCAAAAUGCCCUCUCAACAGGCACCAAGAAUAAUGGUCCCACCUCCAUUUCUGUGCCAUUUUACGCGAAACAGUAUUUGAACUAUACCAACCUAAGUAAUUUAUCGAAUGAAGCCAAUUUGGCGGCUUCUACUAUUUAUCAAGGGGAAUUAUAAUAUUCAGUAGAUGUUUUUACACUUUGAGUAUGUGAAAGAAAUGCAAAGAAAAGACUAUUUUGAAAAUGGGAAACCUGUUUUUAUGCCCCCUUUCGAAGAAACGGUGUACAUAGUUUUUGCAAUGUCCUUCAGUCUGUAACACUUGUCCGCUCUCUAAUUCAAAUACUUUUCAUCCGAUCUUUACCAAACUUGGUCAGUAGUUGUAUCUAGACAAUAUCUAGGUCAUGUUUGAAAAUGGGUCAUGCCGGGUUAAAAACUAGGACAUGGGGUCACUUAGUGCAUUUCAAGGAUUUAGCAUGGUGUCCGCUCUCUAAUUGAAGUACUUUUCAUCUGAUCUUUGCCAAACUUGGUCAAAAGUUGUAUCAAGACAAUAUCUAGGUCAAGUUCGAAUAUGGGUCAUGCCUGAUCAAAAACUAGGUCACGGGGUCACUUAGUGCAUUUCAAUAACUUCUAUCAAAGCGUUUAUUGGGGGCAUAUGUCAUCCUAUGUAGACAGCUCUUGUUUUAUAUUAUACAUGUAGCAAUUUUCUUUAAACAUAUGAAUUUUUAUUUGUGAUAAGAAAACAUAGUUUCUUGGCUACUUUUAUGGAUACGGUUAUAUUCAUCACAUUAAAUAAUUUUUGUUAAAAUGUCCAACUUAUGAUAAAAUAGAUUACCUCUGCUAAUAAUAAUGAUAAUGAAAACACUUUGCUCGAAGCUUGUCUUUGCUUACCUGAAACGCUUGUGUGACCUUUUUAUGGUCAUUUGUUGUUUAUUGAUCUCAUUCCUUUUUGUCUUAUUAAAAAUCCGCCAAAUUUUGAUUUGUUGAAUAAAGUAGAUACAACAGAA